ACACAUUGUCAACUCAACAGAAAGUGAACAUCGGUAGGCGCGUACUGAGAAUGUUGACCGUAUUGAAAAUAAAACAGUUUUAACAUGCCAGUUGUUUGUGCCGAAUUGUCGUUAUUUGUUUUCUAUGGUAGUAGCUUUUAUUCCAGCAAUAGUUAAGAUGAUGUGCGAGAAAAAUAUCCUAGUCUUGUUUUAAAGUGAUGUUUGAGGUUAUGUGUCCACUUUCUGUUUUUUACUUUCUACAACAUAUUUUACAAAAUACACUAUAAAAAUAUAAUAAAAUCAAAAUGUCUCGCUCAGUUUAUCAAUAAUUUGCUAAUAAUAAGUCUUUGUACGUGCGGCGUGAAAACUGUCAUGAUUUUGGUACCAACAAGAAAGUAGAUAUUGAAUUGUUUUUCGCUUAAGAAGGCGUUUUGAAAAGCGAUUUUAAUGUGUGAUAUGGAGUUAAGUUCAGGAACAUUUUAUUUGUAGUCAUUAAGAUAUGGCAGAGAGUGGAAUAAUCUACCAACCUCUCAGUAACAGGGAACUAUUAUGUCGUUGGUUAAGUCAUGUCAAGCUUUCAAGGAUUAUAAUCCUGGUGUCUGUUGUGCUCAUUAUUGUACCUCUUGUCACUCAUUACUAUUUAUCCAAGGUGGAAGCUGAUGUACCCAAUGGAGAUGUACAUCGUACUCGGUCCAAACUUUCGAGUUUGGAGGCUUUUGAAGACUUCAGUACACUCAGAGCCUCUGAUCUUAAACUUAGAAUUGAGGAAAUGUUAAGAAUAAAAGAUUCUGUGAGUGUGGAACUUCGUGAACUGGAAGCAAAGAGACAACGAUUGCAGCUUGAAGUUACUGGCUUUACACAGCGAAUUGAAGAGCUCAAACAGGAACUUGCUCGUCAACAAAAUGAUCUCGAACGACUUAAGAUAUCAGUUGAACAGGCACAAGUUGCCCAGAGAGAAGCAGCUCAACGCAACACUCCUGAUUUGGCUCCCCCAAAACAGAUUUUGCCCUCACAAGCACCAGCUGUACUCUCUCCAAUAUCUCCGUCAUAUGCCACUCAUUGUAGGAUGCACAAUUGUUUUGAUCAUUCUCGUUGUUCGUUGGUGUCAGGGUUUCCAGUUUAUAUGUAUGACCCUGAUCGACAUUCAGUCCUUUCUCCAGAAUGGGAAGUAGAAGGUUUUGUGAAGACGACUCUGAAACAGACAUUAGGGUAUAAUCCACAUUUCACUUCUGAUCCAAAUUCGGCAUGUCUGUACCUCGUACUUGUUGGAGAGUCUCUUGCUGCUCGCAAUUUCUGGUUUAACACUACUUCACCUGGGCAUAAAAUGGUUGCUCCUGGACCUGCAUUGCUUGAGAGAUUGUUACACGCAUUGCCAUACUGGGGAGGUGAUGGCCGCAAUCAUGUACUUUUGAACUUGGCGCGCAGUAGCGCAGCAGGUGUCAGCGCCCUAGGGAGUCCUACUUCUGCUGUGGCAACAGGUGCCAGUGAUCUGUUCUUAGGGGUUGACACUGGACGUGCUAUCAUAGUCCAAUCAACAUUUUUGCGGUCUCACUUCCGACCACAUUUUGAUUUGGUGGCUCCCCCUAUACUUGGGCAACCUGGGGGUGAUGUGUGGCAAGAAUGCCCGCCUAUGCUUCCUGCAAGACGUCAGUUAUUGUUAUCUUUUCAGGGAGACUACAUACAACCUGCAGGAGUUUCUCGGUCAACUGCUGAUAUAGAUUCAUUCAUAGUUGAGCACUUACAGGGCAUGGCAAUGGGACCAACUACAGACAGGUUCCUUUUCCACUUUGAUUGCACUCUUGCAGUUUUGGGGCGUGAGACAGCAUCUGCUAGUAAAAGUAAUACUAGAACUCCUCCUCCGAUGGGUGCUGGUGAAUGGUCAUUGUGUGGAACAGAGUCAUCCCGGGCCACAAUUCUGCGGGAAUCAACAUUUGCCCUCAUUAUUGCUCCUCAUGCUGAGCUGGAUGUGGUUUCGACGACCCUCCUCCAGACGCGCCUGCUGGAGGCCCUGAAACUUGGUGCAGUUCCUGUCAUUCUAGGAGGAGAUUCAGUUGAAUUGCCCUACAGUGAAGUUCUGGCGUGGAGGCGUGCUGCACUGUUUUUGCCCAAGGCUCGAGUUACAGAGCUCCACUUCUUCCUUCGUACUGUACCAGACACAGACCUUGUGGCCCUACGUCGACAGGGACGGCACUUAUGGGAGCGCUAUUGUGCAUCAGUGCAGGCCACAGUGGACACUCUGGUGGCUGUUCUCAGAGACCGCUUGGGGAUUCCACCAUUGCCUGCAGAUGAAGAACCAGCUCCUUCUGUGUUCAAUGCUUCUUUUGUUCCAUUGAAAAUGGAUGCCAUUGUUCCUGAUGCUGAACCUGAAGAAAGUUUGGGGCCUUUAGAACCUUCUUAUCCUUCUCCAAAAUUUAAGCGAAACUACACUUACUUUUUGUCUCAGGGCUAUGAAGUGUGGAAUGACUGGGGAGACCCCUUUAGGUUAUAUCCUCAGUUACCGUUUGAUUUAAUUCUUCCAUCAGAUGCCAAGUUUCUAGGUUCAGGAGUAGGAUUUCGACCCAUUGGUCGUGGUGCAGGAGGAGCUGGCAAAGAGUUUUGUGAAAGCCUAGGAGGCAAUAACCCUCGGGAGCAGUUCACCAUAGUAAUGUUGACAUAUGAACGUGAACAAGUUCUCAUCAACUCUCUUAGUCGCCUGUAUGGUUUGCCUUACUUGCACAAAGUGGUGGUAGUGUGGAACUCCCCAAAGCCACCUCUGGAGGACCUUCGUUGGCCAGAUAUUGGAGUCCCAGUGCAUGUUGUGAAAGCCAGUCGUAAUAGCCUUAAUAAUCGCUUUCUGCCAUAUGAAGCUAUAGAAACAGAGGCAGUUUUGUCCGUUGAUGAUGAUGCACACUUGAGACAUGAUGAAAUCAUGUUUGGAUUCAGAGUUUGGCGUGAACAAAGAGAUCGAGUUGUAGGAUUUCCUGGACGCUACCAUGCUUGGGAUUUAAAUCAUGGAGGAUGGUUGUACAACUCUAAUUAUUCCUGUGAACUCUCCAUGGUCCUAACAGGUGCAGCAUUUUUUCACAAAUACUAUACAUAUUUAUAUACAUACUGGUUACCCCAAGCUGUGAGAGACAAAGUUGAUGAGUACAUGAAUUGCGAGGACAUUGCCAUGAAUUUUCUAGUCUCUCACAUCACUCGAAAACCACCUGUAAAGGUAACAUCAAGAUGGACGUUUCGUUGCCCAGGCUGCCCAGUAUCCCUCUCAGAAGAUGACACUCAUUUCCAGGAGAGACAUAAGUGCAUCAACUUCUUUACAGAGGUUUUUGGAUACAUGCCUUUGCUGAAUACACAAUUUCGAGCCGACUCCAUUCUUUUUAAAACACGAAUACCUCACGACAAACAGAAAUGUUUUAAAUUCAUCUGAAUGUUUGAUGAGCCAGGACGCUUUUCUUUGAAAUCAGAAUACUCAGGGGAGCUGCUUGCAGCAACUUUAACAAUUCAGAUUUCAGUUACAGUGACAUUCUGAAAAGGAGGACACUGAAACUGAACCUUCAGUGAGCGUAGAAACUCGUGUUAUUAAAUUGAACUUCACAAGGAGACAGCAGCAGAAAAACUGGAAGACGAGUUGAAAUUUCAGUGUGAGGGUUUGGAUAUGAGAGAGUUAAUUUCUUACGAUUGCUGAGAGAUUCAGCAAAAAAAUUGUGUGUGAAUGUUGCGAGCACUGAUGGUGGAGCAGUGCAGAUGCCAAAGUUUGUGUGUUAGGAAAGAAUGGUUAUUAUGAGUAUUUUCUAAUUUGAUCAGAUGUGGCUUUUCAAUCUCUUCAUAGCUACAAAAAUGGAUUUGAAAUUCAGUUAAGCUUGUGUGAGUUUAAUGAAUAUUUAAAAGAAAUGUCUUUACCUUUAAGGAAUAAAGGUAUGAUUGGAGCCAUCUUUACAAAAAUAUCUCGCAUGAUCAAAACCUGCACAAGGCUUAGAAAUUGAAUGUGAAAACAAUUUUAAUUUUACAAAGGAAAACAGGAGUUCAUACUAGGAUUUAUUUAACUGUGCAUUUGAUGUAAAACAGCUGUUCACGGUUUCAUUCAAGUGGGAGCUUGAAUUUCGCCAUAGUGACGUCAUUGUAGCACAAGCUCCCGAUUGGAUGAAAUCACAAGAGCUGAUUUAUGUCAAGUGCACGACUAAAUAAAUCGUACUAUAAAUUGACAAGUAUUAAUGCGAGAAAUUUUAUACUCUUAAGAUGGCUCUGGGUGUGAUAAAAUGAUAUUAUCUUAUGCAGGGUUUAACCGUGUGCUAUAUACCACAUUGAUCUAGUACUUAUGAGGUUGAGUGAGUUGAAUAGGUUUUAUUUUAAUUUGCAUUGUUUACUGGAAUGUAACCAUUGUCUCAAGGAACAUUAAUAUGAAUUACAUUAAGAGAACAUUAUGUACAGUUUUACCUUCCAAGUUCUAUUCUUAUUAGUCAUAUCUGAAUACAGGAAAGUAUAAUGAACACAAAUUCUAAGAAAAUUAUUACAAUUUUCUAUCUGAUAAUUUUUAUCUUUGAGGUAAACCUUUUUCUUUUGAAAUUUUACAUCAAAAUACAAUUCUUAUGCAGUUUUUUAAUAAUUUUUUAAAUUUGUAAUUUAUUUGUGUUACAAAACAUUAGCAUGAUUUGUAACUAUUUGUGGAAAAUUGAUGGUAAAUGUAGACAUUUAUGGUCACAAGGACUGAAUUAAUUGUGACCACUUUAAUAUCUCAGUUCCCAUCUUCAUUUAUUUUUAACUUGCAGCCUUAUUAUUCUUUGGUCUUACUUGUCACUUCACUAUAAUCGUUCUUCAGAUCUUCUAUUUACAUUUCACUAUCUAAACAUCAUUUUUAUCUCAUUUCUUUUGAAAUUUCUGGUGAGAAAAAUCACAUUGCAAAUUGAAAGUAUGAAACAUUAUCAAUAUGUGUCUUUCUCCUUUCCUAAUGAAAGUUCACCUGUAAGCAUUUGAACUGAGAGUGCUAAUGGUGUAGUUGGAUUUUAUAGUUGCCAUCAUCCUGCUUGCUUUCUCAUUUGGCCCUUACAUAUGUCUUCAUGGUAAGAAGAUUUAAAGUCUCAAUUCUUAUCCUGCUUGUAUCUCUAUCCACUUCCCUCCCUUCUUUUCUUCACCCUAUUUUUCAAAUUAUCCGUUACCUUGUACUCCUGCCUUAUUUCCUUUUACUUGACUCCGAUACUAGCUUACUGCUUUUACCGAUACAUCUUAUUGCUUUCUUACCUCUGUGCUUGAUCUCUAAUGACCUUUGGUCCAUAUACUGUAGUCAAUCUUGUGACUUACUCCAUUUAUACUAUUGUGUGAAUUUUCAUUACGUGUAAUAAUGUUUUAAUUUUCUAGGAUAAGCUCUUCUCAUUCAAUUUGUAAGUGAUUCUUUGAUAUUGAUUUUGGUUUCUUCUUCUAACUUUCAAAGCUUCUGACAAAUUAUAACAUUCUUUUGGGUUGAGUAAUUUUUGCAUUCUUUGAGAUUCAGAAUUAACAAGUCUAAUCUAUACAUGAUUGUGAGUUCUGGGGUUGUGGUGUGCAUUCUGAGAGGUAUAUCUUUUUGUUUUAUCACAAAAAGUUUUUGAGGCCAGUUACAGAGUAUAAAUAUUUAAUUAUUUAAUGUAACCCAGAAAUAUGUUGAAUGUUAUUACUUAAUGAAAGUUACCCACUGUAAUAUGUUUCUUUACCCUUAUUUAUAUUGGAGGUAAAGGCUGUCAUUAUUAAAAGACCAAGCGUUGUUGCUGCAGUUGUAUAUUUUUAUAUUGAUUUUAAAAUCAUGUCAUACCCCUUUUAUUUGGUUCUUGAAAUUGAAUAUGAUUUAUACUUCUAAAGAUUCUUUUUAUUAUAUUAUACUUUCCAUAAUAUUCUGGAGAAAAAAAGAAACUUUUCUUGUGAUAAGUAAUAUUUAAUUGUGUAAAACAAUAUUUUUAUUUGUUGAACUUGUAUGCAAUAUGUGCAUAUGCAACUAAAUGUGCAACAUUUUAUUCUCAACUUUAGAUUUUUUGUAUAUAAACAUUCUGUUUUAUAUGUAUCUUAAAGAUAAUAACUUAUUGUGUUAGAAUAUUAUGCUGUAUUUUUAUUGAAAAGGGAGACUGAUGCAAUUAAUUGUACAUUGUGUAUAUGUAGUAUGUAUCAUUAUUUAAUCUGCAUUUCCAUUUGUGCCAUAUGUUUGCACAUCAUUUUAAUUAGCCAGACAAGAAAACUUGUGAAUUGAGAGGUAUGUUCAAAUUUAAUCAAAACAACUUGCCAGAAAUACUACCAUGACAAAAUUGUUUUGAAAUGAUUGAGAAGUUAUGUAAGAAUUACAGUUUUUCUAGUCUCAUAAAUCAUGUUAAUAAUCAAUAUGUAAUGCAGAGACCAAUAUAAUGCAUUUGUGAUCAGUUCCAUUUAAA